UGAACGCAUCUCUCGGUCCGAGUUUAUAACUGUUGACCGACGGAAAGAGAAAAAACUUCUCAUACGUUUAUGGUUCUGAAUCUCGGUGUUAGCAUUUUGUAGUAACCUGGACGAAUAGACAACUCCAAGUAAAGGGCGUCUUUGUUCACACAUCACCACUCAAAGUUGUUUCUCGAUUCAGGACUGAUGGCUCAAGCAGAGGAGCUGGAGCAGAUCUUGACAUGGCUGACUGAGGAAGGUUUUGCACCUGAGGCCUCCAAAGAGGCUCAGCUGGCUUUUCUGUGGCGUACCUUCCUUCACACACGAAGCUGUCUGGACAGUGUGACUAAGGAUCUGGGAACAAAACGCUUGCAACAUUUUGCGGAGAUGGCAGAGGUACGCAAGUCCUUGGAGCAGAUCAAAAUCUUCACAGAGCAGAAAGACGUUUUGGCUCAGGAGAUACAAGAUGAGAACGAACAACUCAGAAAGCAGCUGCUGCACCUCGUUUCACUGCAAGAUUCCCAGAUAAAUGAAGUUGCUAAAAUGUUGUACCAGCAGGGUCUCACUGAGCUCAUUCACAGCUCCCCCAGUGAGCAGGUGGCGUAUCUCCUGGUGGAGAGGGCUUCCCUGCUUGAGAUGAAUCAGGAUCCUGGUGAUGGAGACCCAGAGAGUCGACUGAGGACCCACGCAGAACCACUGAACCCCGUCAUAUGUCGGCGCAGCAUCGCGUUACGUCACGAUACUCCCCCUCCCCUCUCUGAACUGCUGAGUGAGCACUCAGAAGGGAGGGAAACAGCGACACAGAAGUCAGAAACUUGCGAAUGAGGUAAAAUGGUCUGUCGGGAAUGCUGCUAUGAAUAUUGCUUAUUUAUAACGUCUUGUUGUCAGUUCACUUUCAUAUAUAGGAACUGAAUCUUUUUGGUUUAAUCAUCUUAGUCUUGGGAUGAUCACUCAUCCAAUAUUUAACUGCUAACUUUCUCUAGACGUUUGCUACGCUAGCCAAAAUGUCUUUUUUUUAUAUAUAUAUAUCUCAUUUCAGUACAAUGCCACCACCAACUAAAAGGCUGAAACAGCAGCAGGACUUACUCAGCUUUUUUAAAAAGAGUAACGUCAGUGUGAGUAACAGUCACACAACACAAGGGCAACACCUGUGUUGCCCUUGUGUUGAAAUUAGCCCGGUGGUUUUGCUUCGCCGAAAUGGACAGAUAUUAUACCUGCCGCGCUCCUGAUCGUUAGUUAAAACCACAGGGAGAGUUAAUUUUAAUUCUUAGCAGCGGCUAACCAACAAAUUAACUUCUGCACCUUUAUUUCCUCAAAUAAACUGCUGGCUCCUCUUUUUAGACUAUAAAUAGAUUAACACAACAUUGACAACUCUGUAGUUUUCUCUGUUCUGUACUGCAAACUGGAAUUAAAGGCGCCAUUUCUACCAAAGGUCUGGACAGACUGGCGACCUGUCUAGGGUGUACCCCACACCAGAACCUCCCGACCCCACUAAGGGACAAGGGUGUACAGAAAAUGGAAGGAUAGAUGGAUUUCUACCAAAGGUUUAGAAUGCGUUUUUGAACCAGAUGCUUCAAAGCGCCCUGUCCAUAAUUCUUCAACACACUGUCAGCUCCCUGUCAGAAAGACUUUAGUUCAGAGUCCAUAAGAUAAUACUCUGAAAGGAUUUUAAUGGAUUUAUUUUAUUUGCCUCUGCGAUUAACUCUGCGCGUAAAGUCUGUAAUGUGACAAAUAAAAUGUUUUGUUUGAUUUAAAAUUGGCCAUGUUAGGCUCAAGAGCUGUACCUCAUUUCUGAAACCAUCUCAUAUGUUUAGGAGCAACAAUGCAGGGACAGCACAAAGGAGACAGGAAAAGGAGAGGAUAGUGCAACCGGGCUAGAGGCAGGAAGUCAGAGUGAGGGAGAGACAGGAGUGGAGCAACAGGUAAGAUAGAGUAACUCAUACGAGUAGAUACUUCAUGAGAGUCCACAAAAAAAGUUGAAAAUUUUAAUCUUUUGCUUGUAGUAAGUGUAGUUCAGGGGCAUUGAGUGACAUUGUAACAUUUCCUUCUAGGGAGUUCAGACUAGGGACACACAGCUGAGAGACUCUGAAGUCAGUGGACAGAGAACAGAGCCAAAUCAGCCACAUCCAAAAUUCAUAGACCCUCAAGCUCUAGCCAACAGAACUUUACAUUUCCAAGGAAAGUGGUACAAGGAAUUUCCCUGGCUACAUUAUGAUGCAGUGAAAAAUGGCAUUUUGUGUUUUUAUUGCAUGGCAAUUUACCAGGACAAACUCACACCAUUUGGUGCAAAAUCCGAACCCGCCUUUAUCACUUCUGGAUUUAAAAAUUGGAAAAAAGCAUGCGAAAAAUUUAAAGCACAUGAAAAUAGUCACACACAUUGUCAUGCUGUUUCUGUGACUGCACAAGAAAGUCAUCCUAUAAAUGCCCAAUUAUCCAGUGCUUUGGCAACUCAGCAAGGUGACAAUAGGCACUGUCUGGAGAAAAUUGUGAGCUCCAUAAAAUAUUUGGUACGGCAGGGACAAGCUUUGAGAGGGCAUGACGAUGAUGACAGCAAUUUGUAUCAACUGUUAAAAAAUCUGGCAGAAGAUGAUGCCCUUUUGGCUAAGUGGUUGCUGAGGUCUCAGAAAGAAUACCUAAGUCCACAGAUACAGAAUGAAAUCUUGUGUUCUAUGAGCAAUAGUAUUGUCAGUGAAAUAGCAGAUACAAUCAGAAACCUACCAAUUUUUGAGUUUGCAAUUAUUAUGGAUGGAACACAGGACAUUUCUGGGAAAGAACAAGAAAGCAUUUGUCUGCGAUACAUUGACAGUGACAUGAAGCCCCAUGAAGAGUUUAUUGGCUUGUACUCAGUUUCUGAAACAACAGGAAAAAGCCUUGCUGCUGUUGUUAAAGAUGUGCUGCUCAGAUUAAACUUACCAAUGCAUGGUUUACGAGGUCAAACUUAUGAUGGAGCAGCCAAUAUGUCUGGGAAGCAUGCAGGUGCACAGGCACUGAUAAAGCAAGAGCAGCCACUAGCACUUUUUGUUCAUUGUGGAGCACACUGCACUAAUUUAAUUGCACAGAAAGCUUGCUUAGCCUCAGUUCUGAUCGGAGACGCAUUGGAUUGGGUGAACCAGCUUGGAGUUCUUUUCUCUCAGUCAGGGAAGUUUAAGGCAAUCCAUGCAGCAACAGCACAUACAGAGAAUCCAUCGUGCACUGCAAUAAAACCCCUCUGCCCCACAAGAUGGGCAGUACGGAGCAAAGCAAUCAGAGAUGUUUUGUCACAGUAUGGGUCAGUGCUGGCUAGCUUGCAGGAGAUGGCUUCUGGUGCCUCAAACACAGCAUCCACUGCUAAUGGACUGCUGGGGCAGUUUAGGAAAGGUAAAACAGUUUUGGGUCUCAUCCUUGCCUCACCUGUGAUUGAUGAGCUUGAAUGCCUGAGCAUCUCUUUCCAGAAGAGAACUCAAACCAUUGCUGGAAUGAGGACUGCUGUGAAAGUUGUUCAGACUUCACUUAAGGCUAAAAGAAAUCAAGAAAGUUUCAACACUCUGUUUGAAAAGGCGAUGGCUGAGGUUCAGUCUUUGGGUGUUAAACCCAUCACAGUUACACAGAGAAGGCCACCCCCAAAACGCUUCACUGAAGGAGCUAAGACACAUCAACCUGAAUGUGCCAAUGACCACUACAGAGGUGAAUUCUUUAAAGUAUUGGAUGUUGUAGAUGCACAGCUCACUGGGCUAUUUAACCAGGAUGACUUGCUGACUUUGCAAAAGUUGGAAGAGACACUUCUCAGUGGAACGAUUGAUGCUGCAGUCAUUGGGAAAUACCCAGAGUUGAAUAGAGAGUUACUUUCAGUGCAACUUCCUAUGUUUAGACUGAACUACUCAUUUAGCAACAGCGCAGAAGCUGCAGGGAUCAUUGGUGGACUGCCUGGAGAGGUCCGUAGACUUUUUGGGCAAGUGGAAACUCUGGUUAGGUUGCUUUUGGUGGUCUCCGUUUCAUCCUCUGAGGCAGAGAGAAGUUUCAGUGCGCUUCGUAGACUCAAAACGUGGCUCCGGUCUACAAUGACUCAAAACAGGCUUAAUCAUGUUGCUGUCUGUCAUGUACAUAAAGAUAAACUUGAUUUACUGGACAAGAAGUCAGUUUGCAAGCAAUUUGUGGCUGCAAAUGAAAGGCGGAAAAAACAUUUUGGCUCUUUUGCCUAAGCCAGUGUUUGCCAUCCUUUUAUGUUUCCGGCACAUUUUUGGCGAAUUAUAAAUGCAUGGCUGUAAAGUGCAAUUGUUCAGAAGCACAGAGGUGUUGAUCUCUACCUAGGGUUAUGUGGCCUAUAAUCUCUGUGCUAACUGCUUUUCCAACAGUUAAAGCACACUGUAAUCAGUGAGUUAAAAAGCUUGUCUAUUAAAUGUGUAUUUAUUGUUGGUAAAUAUUUCUUCAUUUUUGAUUUGGUUUAAUUAGUCAUACAGUUCGACAAACUGAAUAAGCAUAUUUUGAUUGAUUUUCUUUUCUUCUUUUACUUAAUGUUAAAAGUGUGAAUAAUUUGUUCACUACAUUGUCUGUGAGGGCUCUUUCAUCUCAGAAUUUUGUUUAAUCAAAGAGAUGGUUCUAUGGUCAGUCAACCUAUAUAAAUUCAUUUUUGACCAUUAUUGCAAGUUUGACAAAAUAAAACAUAUCAAACUUUGCACUUGUGUGGCCUACUGAAUUGUUUUUAAUCCAACUGAAAUAUUUGAUUUUCUAGUGUGUAUGCGGACACUAAAUAUGCCAAGGGCUGAAGCCCUUGAAAGACAUCUCCCUUUGCUUAAUAAAAGACUCCAGUCA